CAGCCAUGUUCAGCCACCUGCUCUUACUGUUGUGUUUGAUAACCGGAAGUCUGGGUGCUGUCCCGUGUCUGUGUGAAAAUCAAGACCUCGAGGUACAUCGAGAUUCUACCGCUAUUCUAAAUUGUGGUUGCCUGAGCAAAGAGAACAACAUAGUCUGGAGCAUAAAUGGAAAGCCUGUCACACGGUGUCCAUCAUUUUCAAACGAAGAAAAGCAAGAAACAUGCACAACUUUAAAUAAUCCCUACAAUAUUUCAGCGAAAAGAACAUCUGCAUCAUCAAGUGUGCUCACAGUCAGUUCCGGUUCCUUAUCCAAACUGGACACCGUGAGCUGUGCAAUCCCGGAAACUGAAGAACAAACAACUUGCAACGUGGAUUUGAUAUACCCCGCUAACGAGUCGUCCUGCCAUGUGAAGGUGGACACAGGUAGAGACACAGGUGGAGACACAGGUGGAGACACAGGUACAGACACAGUGUCAGCUCAUUGCAACAUCACCAAGGCGUAUUCAGCUCGUGGACGAUACAGGUGUGACUUGUAUCAGGUCCUGCAGAAUGAAACGAAAUCACAGCUUCUGAGUACAACCACAAUAACGUCAUUGUCGAGAGACAGCGAGGGCGACAUGAGAGGAGAAUGCUCUAUCACGGCACGAGUUCUGAGGGGAGGAGAGCUUAAGAUGCUAAUCACCCCAGGAGGGGUGGAAAUCAAUUUAAAUAGAAACGACGACGGCAACGACAUUUCGGGGCACAUGAGUCUCCCCACAGACCUCCCUGACAAAGACAGUACGGGGCUUCUAGAGGGCAUCUCCACUGACCCCGUGACGACCUCAGGUAACAACGAUGGCGGUGCUACAAGCCCACGUGACGUCACUGGCGGUGCUACAAGCCCACGUGACGUCGCUAACUGUGAUACCACGUGCACAUGUAACGUCGCAGGGUGGAUCACCGCGGGAGUCUGUGGAGGACUCCUUGCGACAGUGGCGAUCCUCUGCUGUAGAGGAAGGAAAAAGGAAUCGAAAAAGCCAGCAACCACACCCGUGUGUACUGCUCCAUCUUCUAUUACAACACAAGAGAGGUCAGAGGGGUCAGAUCCACCUGUACCUGCAGGUAUAGAACCAGUGAGGCUUGCUACACCUGGAAUACCUGGCAUUUACUGGCUCAGAUUCAGAGCCAACAAGGUUGUCCCCCAGCCACUGGAUGUGUGACUAUAGCUACUAUUGGUUUUUCACUUUCUUUCUUUCUUUGCAGGUAGUAAUUGUUUCGAACUUGUAUUUCUUGUACACAGUAUUUAUAUUUGCCUUGGUAAUAGCUUUCAAUCUUGUUGCUGCUUAACAAAUAAAAUGAAUUGUUUUCACA